CAACCAACCAUAUAUCAAAUGAAUGUGUCAUAACAAAUCAAAAUUCUGAAAAUCGCAAUGACAAAUAUUUAUCUGAAACUUCUUUGUAUUCUUAUCGCUUCCAAGUUGUGUGAAUCAGCAUGUGAGGAUAAGUGGCCGAGUUGCGGUAAAUAUACAAAUAUAGUUUGUGAGAGAAAAGAAAGCUGUAGCGGAGCAAGUGGAUGUACCAUAAUGCCCCUGAACGAAGAGUUCCGGCGAUGGUACGUCGAAGAACACAACCGACUCAGAAAUGAAGUAGCCACUGGUAAGGAAACCAGAGGAGGAAACGCGGCAGCGGCUGAUAUGAUGACCUUAUCCUUCGAUCUGGAAUUAGAAUAUACCGCUCAAUGUAAUGUGAAUCUUUGUACAUUCAAGCACGACAAAUGCAGAAGACCGAAAAAAUUCGAAUCGGCUGGCCAGAAUCUGUACACCUCAACUGGCAAACCACUCGAUACCAAAGAUAAUGUCGUUAAUGCUAUAAAGAAUUGGUACGAGGAGGUUCAAUACACAACAGAAGCUGCCCUCACGAGCUAUUCUUCAUCGACCAAAACUAUAGGACACUAUACACAACUUGUAUGGGCCAAAUCAACUCAUGUGGGAUGCGCUAGAGCUAAAAAAGGAAACAAUUAUUAUUUAGCCUGCAAUUAUGGUAUUGCUGGCAAUUUAAUCGGCAGUCCAGUUUAUACUAAAGGCACUGCGUGCAGCAAGUGCCCGAGUGGAACUGCUUGUAACACACACUACAAGGGACUCUGUGGUAAAAUUGAUGAAGCAGAUAUCAAAAAGUCGCCUCUGAAGGGAGGCAGAAUCAGUAGUUCAUACAUCAUCAGUUUAGGAGUACCUUUCAUAUUGAUCAUUUUCAAGUUUAUGCACUUUUCUUGUUAGAUGUAUAAAUGGCAAUAAUAAAAUGAUGUGUAUUGUUC